AGGCGGACGCCGGCCGGCAGUUGGAAAACCCUAGCAAAACCCCUGCUCCCAAUCCCUAUUCGCGCGAGGCCGACGACCCGUCUAAACCCCUAGACAGAACCGGCGAGCGGCGGCGGCGGCGGAAGCGAGGAUGAGGAAGAAGGUGGACGAGCGGAUACGCACGCUGAUCGAGAACGGCGUGCGGCAGCGGCAGCGCUCCAUGUUCAUCAUCGUCGGCGACAAGUCGCGCGACCAGAUCGUCAACCUCAACUACAUGCUCUCCAAGUCCCGCGUCAAGUCGCGCCCAUCAGUCCUCUGGUGCUACCGCAACAAGCUCGAGAUCAGCAGCCAUAGGAAGAAGCGCGCCAAACAGAUAAAGAAGCUCAUGCAGAGGGGGCUCAUGGACCCCGAGAAGGCCGACCCAUUCUCCCUCUUCGUGGAGACCUCAGACAUCACCUACUGCCUGUACAAGGACUCCGAGAGGGUUCUUGGAAACACAUUCGGCAUGUGCAUACUUCAGGACUUUGAGGCGCUAACGCCGAACCUUCUCGCGAGAACCAUUGAGACUGUUGAGGGUGGUGGUUUGAUCAUCCUGCUGCUCCGCUCACUUUCCUCGCUAACCAGUCUCUAUACGAUGGUCAUGGAUGUCCAUGAAAGGUUCCGGACGGAGUCUCAUACUCUGGCAGCCGCAAGGUUCAAUGAGAGAUUUUUGUUGUCCAUAGCAUUGUGCAAAGCAUGUGUUGUGAUGGAUGAUGAGCUCAACAUUUUGCCUGUAUCAUCUCAUAUGAAAUUUAUACAACCCGUUACAAACAAGGAGGAUUCUGAGGGGUUGUCUGAAAGGGAGAGAGAGUUGAAAGACCUAAAAGAUCAAUUUCGUGAAGAUUUCCCGGUUGGUCCUUUAAUUGGGAAAUGCUUCACAAUGGAUCAGGGUAAAGCUGUCAUCAAUUUUCUUGACUCUAUUUUGGACAAGUCCUUGAGGAGCACGGUUGCUUUGCUUGCUUCUCGUGGACGUGGGAAAUCAGCUGCCCUUGGUCUUGCUAUUGCUGGAGCCAUCGCUGCUGGGUAUUCAAAUAUAUUCGUGACAGCUCCAAGUCCAGAGAAUCUUAAGACGUUGUUUGAUUUUGUGUGCAAGGGAUUAAAUGCGUUGGAGUACAAGGAGCAUUUGCAUUAUGAUGUGAUGAAAAGUGCAGAUCCAGAACUCAGGAAAGCAACAAUUCAGAUAAAUGUUCAUAAGCAACAUCGCCAAACAAUACAGUAUUUGAGACCACAAGAUCAUGCAAAGCUUUCUCAAGUUGAACUGCUUGUCAUCGAUGAAGCUGCUGCUAUUCCGUUACCUAUUGUUAAGUCUUUACUUGGUCCAUACCUGGUGUUCCUGUCCUCAACUGUCAAUGGGUAUGAAGGAACAGGUCGAUCCUUAUCUCUGAAGCUCCUCCAGCAGUUAGAGUCUCAAAGCCAACCAUCUGUUCCGAGUGACAGAUCCAGUUCCAGUAGGCUGUUUAAGAAAAUUGAAUUGAAUGAAUCCAUUAGAUAUGCAUGUGGUGAUCCUAUUGAGACCUGGCUUAAUGAGUUACUCUGUUUGGAUCUUGCAAACUCCAUUCCAAAUAUCAGUAGGCUACCUCCCCCAGGUGAUUGUGAGCUGUAUUAUGUCAACCGGGAUACACUUUUCUCAUAUCACAAGGAGAGUGAAGUAUUUUUGCAGCGGAUGAUGGCACUUUAUGUGGCUUCACACUACAAAAAUUCACCCAAUGAUUUGCAAUUAAUGGCUGAUGCACCAGCACAUCAUCUGUUUGUACUGCUUGGCCCUGUCGAUGAGUCCAAAAACCAGCUCCCCGAUAUUCUGUGUGUUAUCCAGGUCUGUUUGGAAGGACAAAUAUCUAAAAAAUCAGCUAUGAAAAGCCUAAAUGAGGGGCAUGCACCUUCAGGUGAUCAAAUACCAUGGAAAUUUUGUGAGCAGUUUCAAGACAAUGUAUUUCCUAGUCUCUCAGGAGCUCGUAUAGUGCGAAUUGCUGUUCAUCCAAGUGCCCUGAGGCUUGGAUAUGGUUCAGCCGCCGUGAGCCUUCUAACAAGCUACUAUCAAGGAAAAUUUAUACCGUUCGCUGAAGAUAAGGAGGAUGUUGAAGAGCCCGAAAUUAAGAUUACUGAAGCUGCAGAGAAGGCUUCACUGCUAGAAGAGAGCAUAAAACCUAGGGCAAAUCUUCCACCACUCCUUGUUAAUCUUCGUGACCGCCGUCCUGAAAAGCUCCAUUACCUUGGUGUUUCUUUUGGGCUGACACAAGAGCUUUUCCGUUUUUGGCGGAAGCACAGCUUCUACCCAUUCUAUGUGGGACAGAUUCCAAGUGCUGUUACUGGUGAGCAUACUUGUAUGGUCUUGAGCUCCUUAAAUUGUGAUGACAUUGAAGCUAAUGUGUCAAACAAGUGUGACUUUUUGGAACCAUUUUAUCAAGAUUUCAGACAUAGAUUCAGACGGCUUUUGGGAACAUCUUUUCGGCAUCUGAACUUUAAGCUUGCAAUGAGUGUUUUGGCUUCCAAAAUAGAUUUUUCACAUCAUGAGCCCUCAGACUAUGAUACCAAUAUUACCUCGAAGUUAUUGAAAGACGUAUUAACCCCACAUGACAUGAAGCGGCUAGAAGCAUAUUCCAACAAUUUGGUCGACUAUCAUCUGAUUCUGGAUCUUGUCCCUAUCCUUGCACAUGAGUACUUCUCAGAGAAGCUUCCUGUGACCCUACAUGGUGCCCAGGCUUCUGUUUUAUUCUGUAUGGGUCUGCAGGACAAAGACAUAAGUGCUACAAAGGAGGAACUUGGGAUAGAAAGAGAACAAGUUCUGUCUAAUUUCAUCAAGACAAUGAAGAAGUUAUAUGGUUACCUUCAUAACACCGCAGGAAAAGAAAUAGAAGCAACCUUACCGCGACUUAAGGAAAUUGAAAUGGCCCCUCUGAGCAGAUCAAUGGAUGAGGACCUUGAUGAGGCAGCUGAGGAAGUGAAGGAAAAGAGAAGAGCUGCAGAUGAAGCUACUGUGGAUCCGAAGAUUCUGCACAAGUAUGCAAUUGACAAUGACGACUUCGAGGUUGAGAAGGCCCUGCAGAAUGGGAAGUUGUCUGCAAGCGGAGUUAUUAGUGUAAAAUCCAGCAAGACAAGUGCUGACAAGAAAGAGAAGCGUAAAGAAAUGGAAAAAUCGAAAAGGAAAGGAACAGAUAGUGGUAAAUCCAAGUCAAAGAAAAAGAGGACCUAAAGUAAUCACUUAAAAUUGAGAUUGUCUGAUGGUUUGACCCCAGGUAUUUUUGAAACAUCAGAAGAACUCCGUUCCCCAGAAAGAACCAGCAUAGCAGAAAAUGCGAAGACUAUUCUUCAAAAAAGAAGGGGUAAAAAGGGAGCAGUCUCUGGAGCAGAGGUUGUUUGUAAGCUCAAUUUUAUGGGCUAUAAUUUGUACAUCAAUCACAAUGAUACGUUGUGAAAGCUCUCUGGAAAUCCUCCAGCAAAAACAUUGCUGCAAUUUUGAAUUAUUGUUUGUUUCAUUAAUUAGAAAUAUAGUUUUGCUUUAUCCAGACUGCGCAACAUUUAUUUUGUUUGCCAAACUUGAGGAUUAAGUGAUGUA